AUGCAGUCCGCCUUGCCUUCCGAGCACCGUGCCCUUUUCCUGGAAAACCGCGAGUCUGGGUUUCAGGUUAUAACCCGCACAACACCUCAACCGGACCAUGGCAGCGCUGUGAUCCGCAUAGCAGCGGCUGCCAUUCUACCCUACCAUCGGGACGUUUACAGCGGUAAGCGCCCCCUGCCGUUUCCCACACCGCUAGUGGGUGGAUUCAGUGCCAUCGGCCACGUCGCAGCUGUCGGACCGGACGCAACGGCCUUAAAAUCGGGCCAACUAGUUUACAUUGACUGCGUCAUACGCGCGCGUGAUGACCCCGAUUGUUCUUUUCUGUCGGCCUAUUUUCACGGGUCCAGUGACGGCAGCAUAAAGUUGAUGCGGGAUGUGUGGCGUGAUGGGACGUACGCAGAGUACGCCAAGGUGCCGCUGGAGAAUUGUAUCCCACUGAAUGAGUCACGUCUGUGUGAUAGGUUGGGAUAUUCGCUGCAAGACCUGAUGUACAUGGCUUAUCUACUCGUGCCGUAUGGUGGACUAAGGGACAUUCAACUCGAGCCUGGGCAGACGAUCAUCGUUUGCCCGGCGACGGGAUUUUAUAGUGGCUUCGCUGUGCAAGUUGCCAUUGCAAUGGGCGCAAGGGUAAUUGCCAUGGGUCGAAAUGUGGAGAAGUUAGCCAGACUGAAGGAGCAGGUGAAGCAAAGAUCGCCAAGGGCGGAUAUGGAAACGGUCAAGAUAACAGGUGAUGAACAGCAAGAUGCAUCUGCGCUGCAGGAUUUUGGUCCUAUUGAUGCUGUUUUCGACAUCACACCAUCAGCUGCAUCAUUGUCGACCCACACAAGGAGCGCUAUAAAGGCACUCCGUCGUGGUGGCAAAGUUAGCCUGAUGGGGUCUACGAGGAACAUUUCGGUUCAGGAGAUUAUGAUGAAUAAUAUUACGCUGAAAGGCAAAUCGAUGUAUGAACGAGAGGCUAUACUGCAGUUUGUCAAGAUGUUGGAAAGAGGUUUAUUCCCAAUGGGUAAGGAGUCCGUGGAGACGAAGGCUUUUGCGUUGGAUAAGUGGAAGGAAGCCCUUGAUGCGGGUGUUGACCAUAAUGGUAUCGGCAAAUGUGUGGUCUUUGCGCCGCUCUCUUCAUAG